AUUGACCAGGAGAAACGUUUCUUCUAUGCUAUCGUAAUUUUCCUUGACAGCUCCGCAGACAAAUUCAGAUCUUACUACUUGAACCAUUUCGGCAUCAACAUUUUCUCCAUUUGCAUUUUCAUUCAUCUAAAAUUGAUGCAAUUUUUUGGUUGUUGUAUGACACCUCGAGGGUCGAAUUGAGUACCCUGGAUCUCAUUCUCAUCUGAUCUAGGAGUACCAGCUAAUUGGGGGAAGGAAGAAAUCGGAGUUGAAUUAUGCCGGUGGCGGCGUCGGCUAUAUAUUUCUUAAAUCUUCGCGGCGAUGUCCUCAUCAAUCGCCUCUACCGCGAUGACGUCGGGGGCAAUAUGGUUGAUGCCUUUCGAAUGCAUAUAAUGCAAACAAAAGAGCUCGGAACAUGCCCAGUGCGCCAGAUUGGAGGAUGCUCUUUCUUUUACAUGAGAAUCAGUAACGUCUACAUUGUGAUUGUUGUGAGCAGCAAUGCCAAUGUUGCUUGUGCAUUUAAGUUCGUUGUUGAGGCAGUAAAUUUAUUCAAAUCCUAUUUUGGCGGGGCUUUUGAUGAAGAUGCUAUUCGGAAUAAUUUUGUUUUAAUCUAUGAGCUGUUGGAUGAGAUAAUGGACUUUGGUUAUCCACAAAAUCUUUCACCGGAAAUCUUGAAGCUUUAUAUCACACAAGAAGGUGUACGCUCACCAUUUUCAUCUAAGGCUGCAGAAAGACCGGUGCCUAAUGCAACUUUACAAGUUACUGGUGCUGUUGGCUGGCGUAGAGAGGGUCUUGUAUACAAGAAGAAUGAGGUGUUUCUAGAUAUUGUGGAAAGCGUCAAUCUUCUUAUGUCUUCAAAAGGCAGUGUUUUGCGAUGUGAUGUAACUGGGAAAAUUCUCAUGAAGUGCUUCCUUUCUGGAAUGCCUGAUUUAAAGCUGGGUUUGAAUGAUAAGAUUGGCCUGGAGAAAGAGUCACAGAUAAAAUCACGUCCUACGAAGAGUGGCAAAACUAUUGAGCUUGAUGACGUUACCUUCCACCAAUGUGUAAAUUUGACGAGAUUCAACUCAGAGAAAACGGUCAGCUUUGUUCCUCCUGAUGGUGAAUUUGAAUUGAUGAAGUACCGUAUCACUGAGGGUGUGAAUCUCCCUUUCCGGGUAUUGCCAACUAUCAAGGAACUUGGCCGUACACGCAUGGAAGUGAAUGUUAAGGUUAAGAGUGUUUUUGGUGCAAAAAUGUUUGCACUUGGCGUUGUCGUUAAGAUUCCAGUACCAAAACAAACAGCAAAAACGAGCUUCCAAGUUACAUCCGGUCGAGCGAAAUACAAUGCAUCUAUUGACUGUUUGGUCUGGAAGAUUAGAAAAUUUCCUGGACAAACUGAACCAACACUAAGUGCCGAAGUGGAGUUGAUUUCCACAAUGGCAGAAAAGAAGUCUUGGACUAGGCCACCAAUUCAGAUGGAGUUUCAGGUUCCUAUGUUUACAGCAUCUGGAUUGCGUGUGCGUUUUCUGAAGGUAUGGGAGAAGAGUGGGUACAAUACAGUUGAGUGGGUCCGUUACAUUACAAAGGCCGGUUCAUAUGAGAUUAGAUGUUAGGAACCACAGGACCUGUGGGUGCUGGUGUGGAAUGUUUUCUACAGGCUUGUUGUACCGUGGGGAAAAUUAUUCAGACAAGCAUGGCUUUCAGAAUUGGAAGAUUUGCAUAAGAUGCUACUGAUGGAUCCGUUCUCCCCACACGCUUCAGUCUCAUGUUUGUGUCGUGUAUAAUUUGAGAGAUACUUUUCGCGUAAAGAGAGAGAGAGAGAGAGAUGGAAGAGUUUUGACUCUGAAGCAGCAUGUAAUUUGUAAGUCAUUUAUAUACAUAGAUCAGAUGCCAUUUUUCCUGACACAAUGAUUGUUAGUUCUGCAUGUGUUAUCAAUUUAUUGUUCAAAAUGAGUUCAUUGAA